AAAUUAACUUUAAAUUUUUCUUAUGUUUGUGACCAACUUACGGCAGUGUUUUAUUCUUUUCCCGUGCGGGCCUUGAAAAUGUCUACGGCCGGUGAUCUCCGGUGGCUCUGCCGCCUUGUCGACGAUUCUCUCAGCCCCUACACAGAACCACACGCGUUCGUUUCAGCAAACAAAGAGAACGAGAAGAAAAUUCUAAUCUCUUCUUCUCAGGUAAUGAGAAAAAUUCAGUUGCGGAUUCAUGAAUUUGAUUCUGCUUCAAACAAAGAGGAUUUUGAGCAGCAUUGUUCUGUUCAUCACUGUCUUCCCAAAAUUGUGACUAAAAUGGUGAAUUUGUUAACUGUUAAGAGUGAAUUUGUUCAACAUGUUGCUGUUAAUGCUCUUGUCUUAACUUCAGAAUUCCUGUCUACUACGGGGAACAGUUGGGCUGAAUUCAUUCAUUUGUUGUGCUGUUCAUUGGAAACGGCUUUUACUAGAAUGCUAUCAUGUUCAUUUGAAAAUAAUAAUUUGGAUUCUCGUGAUGUUGAUUUCAUGCUGCAACAUGAGCUGAGGAAUUGUGAUUGGUCAACCGUGGCUGGUAUCGUUAAAGCGCUGCGUGUUAUAUGUAAACAUUUGAAGGAGGACUAUGAUGGACUUGUCAAAGUGUAUUAUGAUUCUGUUAAUUCUUGUCUUUUGAAAAUUCCUUGGAAUUUGUUGGAUGAGUGUUGGAGUUGUGACAAUGGUAGCAGGAAGAAAAGUUUGUCGGUGAAUGAACUGCAUCUCAAUAAUUUGGGUGAUACUGAUCCUGGAAUCAGAUUUCUUGGAACUUUUCUACAGUUACUAUGCACUUUGGUUGACCGGAAUAAUUUCGAGGAAACUGAUUGUGAUUCUGCCAGCAAGCAUCCACUUUUUGUCACAGUAGUGAAUUUUAUACCUAGACUUGUGAAGUGGUGUCUCCCCAGGAAAGAAGAUAAUGCUGAGACUUGCAUCAUCCAUUACAUGAAACAUAAAUUGCUGAUUCUAAUGAUCAGGCUUAGCUCACUUUUGUGUUUGGACUGUUCAGACUAUUUUUCUUGGCUUGAAAUCCUUCAUAACCACUUUCAAGAGCUUCUGCUACAACCUUUAACUCAAUUUAUGUCUGAUCAAGGUGAUUGUCUGGAAGGCUCUCCAUUUUUGUCGAGUUUGUCCGAUGGAGAAGCAUAUGGGGUACCUUCCAGCCACCUACAGAGACAAGCUAUUUUCCUCUUACUGGAUUGUUCUGUCAAUUUGAUCAAUCAAAGAGGAUCAAUGAAAAACCAAAGUGAUUGUUCAACUUUGAGCUCAUUAUUUACCAACAACCCAGAUACUGAGCUUGAUCACUUACACAGAAAAAAGGGAUUACUAGAGCUUUACAAGUGGAUUCAAAACCAUCUUCCAAAUGAGGUCUCUAUCAACUAUGAAAUGCACCCGGAGAUAUGUAUAAACUUCAUGUCAUCUUUUCUCCAGCUAUAUAUUCGCGAGGAUGAUCUAUUGUUUGAAGUGCUUUUGCAAUUGCUUAGCAUAUCAUCUUGUCUCCAGCAACUGUCUGGAAGAAAAGAUGCUGCAUAUCAGGAUGUAAAGAGAGAUUUUCCUUUUGAUCUGUCAGACAUUUUUAAUCCCGUGUACCUUUUCCAUCUGUUUCUUUCAGAGAUACAUUAUGAUCAUCAAGUGCUACUUGACUAUCUCAUUUCAAAAGAUACUGGAAUAAGCUGUGCUAAAUAUCUUCUAAGAUGCAUGCAUUUGAUAUGCAACUCAUGGAAAUUAUUUGUGGAAUUUCCAUUAUCUGGAGAAUUUUUAAAUCAAUCAUCUUGCAAGAGAAGAAAACUUUUAGGGGAUGGUAUACAGUUUGUUGCAGAUAGAACAUUUUCUUCAGUUGACAAAAAUGGAAGUAUCUUAUUGCAUAUCAAGAAUUUUAAGGAAGACAGUGAAUAUGACUUAAAGCACCGUAACAUUGAACAAUUUAAGAAAGCUGCAGAAUGUUUACUAUCUUUGAACAAUUCCAUUGGAAAUCUUCAUCAAAAGAGCCUGUUUCCAUAUAACCCCGAAGUUCUUCUGAGACGUCUAAGAAGAUUUCAAGAGUUAUGCUGCCAGGAAAAGGGAUUUGAAGGACAGAAAGUUGAGUAAUUACCCAAACUGCUUGAAUCUUUGUAUAAUAACCCUGGAAGCUUGGCUAUCUCAUGAUUAUUAAUGGUAAUAGAACUACAUAUUUGGUAGUCGUAGCAAUGAUGGACAGAAAGGAGUGAAAUGGCUACUUGCAGUGUCUCCAUAUAAUCGUCUGCAUAUAAUCUUGGGUCACUACACGUUUGAGUUUUCGAUGGAUCAGUUGAUCUAUACUUAUAUGCCAUCUUUGUAGAGAGUAUGGUGAGUGAUGCCACGGAUGUCGGGUGCAUAGAUUCUGAAAUAGCGGAGUAGUGCCUAGUCCUAUUACUGUUUCCAUUCUUGAAGGUACCAGCCCAUUCACUCGGAACUGCAGCAUGAUAUUUUCUUGAGAACCUUUUGUAAUAUAUCCUAUUAGUAAUCCAAGUUAACAUGUUUCAGGGUGAGCAAUGCUCUAAUUCGUUGGAGAUUAAUCCAACGACCGCUCCCUAGCUGGAGGGGUUGCAGUGUGCAUAGCCAAGAGAAGAGGAUACAAGUCUGAAAGAUUAGUCACAUGCUUUUUUAAGGUUCAAUGGUCUAAUCGUCAUUAAACCAUAGGUAAAAAUGUAUUAGGUAAAUAGAACCAGUAUGAGUUAUGAUCCACUUUCUUCAGGAGUUAUUCUUGCUAAAAUUGCUCUAUUGAAUAACCAACUACUUGUAGACACCAAGUUUCAUCAAUUCAAUCACUAAAUUACUAGUUUUUUGAGUA